AUGCCAUCGAAAGAUAUGCGCUUUGAUGUUGUUGAUUAUAUCAUUUUUGCAUUAUUACUAUUAUUUUCUGCAGCAAUUGGUUUAUUCUAUGGUUUUAUUGAUAAGAGAAGAAAAAAAAAGAAAGGAGAUGGUGAAAAUGGUGCUAUUGAACAAUCAACAAAUACGGCAAAAGACUAUCUUUUAGCUGGUAAAUCUAUGGGUGUAUUUCCUACUGCUAUGAGUUUACUUGCUAGUUUUAUGUCUGCUAUUACAAUAUUGGGUACUCCAGCAGAAAUCUAUAUUUAUGGUACACAAUAUUGGAUUAUUUGUAUUAGUUAUAUAUUUACAGUUUAUUUAACUGCAACACUUUUUAUGCCAAUGUUUGUUAAACUUGAAGUAACUAGUGCUUAUGAAUAUUUAGAAAAACGUUUCGAUCGAAAUGUACGAUUAGUUGCUUCAGUUAUUUUUUCAGUACAAAUGAUAGUUUAUAUGGCAUUAGUACUUUAUGCGCCUGCUUUAGCUUUAAGUCAAGUAACUGGUUUAAAUGUUUGGAUUAGUGUUAUUUCAAUUGGAGUCAUUUGUACAAUGUAUACGACAGUGGGUGGAAUGAAAGCUGUUAUGUGGACGGAUGUUUUUCAAACAAUAAUUAUGUUUGUUGGUCUUCUUGCAUCAGUUAUUCAAGGUAUUAUUGAUGCAGGUGGAAGCCGAGCUGUUUGGCAAAGAGCAUUAGAUGGGGGUCGAGUAGAAUUUUUUAAUUUUGAUCCAGAUCCAACUACUCGUCAUACUGUUUGGAGUAUAUUAUUUGGUGCAACUUUCACAUGGCUUGCAAUCUAUGGUUUUAAUCAAACACAAGUACAACGUUAUCUUUGUGUUCCGACUGUUCGACAUGCAAAAUUAGCAUUAUUAUUUAAUUUAAUUGGUUUAAUAUUUAUCCUUUCGCUCUGUUGUGGUGUUGGACUUGUUAUAUUUGCAAAAUAUCAUUUGUGUGAUCCAUUAAAACUUGGAUUAAUUAAACAAGCAGAUCAACUUUAUCCAUUAUUUGUCAUGGAAACUCUAAAACGUUUUAAAGGUUUACCAGGUAUUUUUCUUGCAUGUGUAUUCAGUGGUGCAUUAAGUACUUUAUCAUCUGGCUUAAAUAGUUUAGCAGCAGUUGUGCUUGCUGAUAUAAUUAAAUUUUUUUAUCGAAAACCAUUGACAGAUAAACAAGAUCUUUUGUAUUCAAAAAUAUUAUCACUUAUUUUUGGUGUUGUUUGUAUAUUAGUAACUUAUCUUGUUUCAUUACUUGGUAAUCUUCUUCAAGCAAGUUUAUCAUUAUUUGGUGUUUUAUCAGGACCUAUAAGCGCAAUUUUUAUGAUUGGAUUUUUUCUUCCUUGGAUUAAUUCAGCGGGUGCCUUAGUUGGUUUAAUUGUUAGUGUAAUCGUUCAAAUAUGGAUUUUUCUUGGUUCACAAGUGCUUCGAAGUGAAAUGCGUUCAUUUCGAUUACCAACACGUAUUGAUGGAUGUACUAAUCUAAGAGAAAAUGUAACUAUGCUUGUUAAUACAACAAUUACUUCGCCAAUAUGGUAUCAAACACAAACAACAAGUCUUUGUCGAACACUUAUUAAAAAAAGUCCAUUAGUUCCAUUUUAUGGUAUGAGUUAUUUUUGGUACACAAUGUUUUCAAUCUUUACUGCACUGAUUGUUAGUGUAGUUGUUAGUUUUUUUACAGGCUUUAGAAAACCUGAAAGUAUGGAUCCAAAAUUCAUAAUACCUGUAUUUGAUAUUCUUUUCCCAUUUUUACCGGAAAGAAUCUUAUCGAAAUUGAGAUUUGGUGUUCGAUAUGGACAAAAUUCUAUUCAAACUGACUUAAAAGAUAAAGUACAAGAACAAUCAUCACCAUCGAUGCAAUCAUCUAGACAUCGAAUGAAUACAAUAAAUGAAAGUCAUUCUAAUCCAACUUAUUUACAUGAUGAAAAACAAAUAGGAGAAGCAGAAUGGAUUGUACGAACAAAACUUUAG